AGCCCUUCUGCUCUCAUCAGCGAGUGUGUUUCUCUCCGCGAGUCUUUCGGGCUUAUUUUGUUUAUUUGCUCGCCGUUCGACUGGGAUGUGGUAAACCGAGCCGCCAGCAAGAUGCCCGUCUUCCACACAAAGACCAUCGAGAGCAUUUUGGACCCUGUCGCCCAGCAGGUGUCCCGACUGGUCAUCCUCCAUGAGGAAGCCGAAGAUGGCAACGCCAUGCCGGACCUGGAGCGUCCGGUGCAGGCGGUCAGCCGGGCAGUGGCCAACCUGGUCAAGGUCGGCCGAGAGACCAUCAACUCAAGCGACGACGCCAUCCUCAAGCAGGACAUGCCGGCGGCGCUGCACAGGGUCGAGGGCGCCUCUCGACUCCUUGAAGACGCCUCCAGCAUGCUCAAGCAUGAUCCUUACUCAGGUCCUGCUCGCAAGAAGCUGAUUGAAGGCUCCCGAGGCAUCCUCCAGGGCACCUCUGCCCUCCUCCUCUGCUUCGACGAGUCCGAGGUCCGCAAAAUCAUCCGCGAGUGCAAAAAGGUGCUCGACUACCUGGCUGUGGCCGAGGUCAUCGAGACCAUGGAGGACCUGGUUCAGUUCCUUAAGGACCUCAGUCCUUGUCUCAGCAAGGUGUCGAGGGAAGUGGGCGCACGAGAGAAAGAACUGACCCACCAAGUGCACAGGGAGAUCCUGGUCAGGUGCCUCGAGCAGGUCAAAACACUGGCUCCUAUUCUCAUCUGCAGCAUGAAAAUCUUCAUCCACAUCAUCUCUCAGGGUGGCAAAGGUGCUGACGAAGCUGCGGAGAACAGAAAUUAUCUGUCACAGAGAAUGACGGAUGAAAUCAAUGAGAUCAUUCGUGUUCUGCAACUGACCACCUACGACGAGGAGGAAUGGGACGCUGAUGACCUGACGGUUAUGAAGAAGGCGCAAAACGCUAUUGACUCUAAGAUGCAGGCGGCCCAUGACUGGCUAGGGGAUCCUCUGGCUCUCCAAGGAGGAAUUGGAGAGAAAUCGGUGCGCCAGAUUUUGGACCACGCUCACAAGGUGGCCGACCGCUCUCUGCCGGGCGAUGCAAACGACGUCCGAAAACUGUGCGGCGACAUCACUGCAAUGACAGACGCCCUGUGCGAGUUGAGGGCCUCAGGCAAGGGUGCCACCCCGCAGGCGCAGUCACUCAGCCACGGUAUCCAGGAUAAACUGGCCGACCUGCAGAGACUGGUGGGCCGCUCCGUGCUGGGAGUUGAGAGGUGCGGCAUGGCCCAACCGGCCCACACGGUUACUGGCCGGCUUGAACAGGCCAGACGCUGGCUUGCACACCCAGACAGGGACGACCGUGGCCUUGGUCAAAGGGCCAUCGCUCUUAUCGUCGAGGAAGGAAAGAAGGUGGCUGAAGGACUUCCUGGCGCCCACAAGGCUGAAAUCCUGGGCUUGUGCGACGAAGUGGACCUGCUGUCACGCCAACUUGGCGAGUUGUGCCGCGCUGGACAGGGCAACAGCGAGCACGCCCAAGCGAUCGCUCGUAACUUGUCGCAGAAACUGUACGAGCUGAAGACGCGCAUCCAAAACGCGGUUGUCAACCGUGUUGUUGAGGACUUCAUUGACGUCAACACGCCCCUCAAACUGUUCACCGACGCCGUCCUCGCCCCUGAAGGAACACCGAACAGGGACGUCAACUUCUUGGACAGGGCACAACAAUUGCGGCAGUUCAGCGACCGCGCCGCUCGGACCGCGAGAAUGGUGGCCGCGGGAGGAAGUGGCGGCAACAAGAAACUUGCCGAGGCCCUCAUUUCGGCCGCCAACCAGAUGGAGAGCCUCACCCCGCAGCUGGUGCACGCUGGUCGCAUCAGAAUGAACUACCCUGAGAACAAGGCCGCUGAUGAACAUUUUGAGAACCUUAGGGCUCAGUAUGCUGACUCCGUGUUGCGAGCCCGCGCUUUAUGCGAUGAGGCGACGGACAGUGCUGAGUUUAUCCGUCUGUCCGAGGAGCAGAUGCAGAAGCACGCCAUCCUGUGCGAGGAGGCCAUCAGGAACAGGCAGCCCCAGAAGAUGGUGGACAACACCACCAUGGAGGCGCGCCUUGCCAACAGGGUGCUUGCCGUUGCAAAGCAGGAGUCCGAAAACUCGGAAGAUCCUAUUUUCAUUGACCGAGUCAACCGGGCUUCAGAUAAUGUCCAGAACUGUGUGGCUCCGCUCGUCAUGUCUGCCAAGUCGGUGGCCAUGAACCCCGAUGAUCACAACUCCAUCUCUAGGUGGAGGGAGGCCAACAAAGCUUUACUGAAAUCCGUCGGCGAAGUGCGACAGGCAGUGACUGUGACCCCAGAAGUGCCUCCGCCGCCAGACAUGAGUGCCCUCAGUCUGCACGUUGCAGCUCCGCAAAAAAGGGAUGCUGGCCAUAAUAAUCUUUUCAACGUUGACCUAAACAAAAUCUUUGCCUUCACCAAAGAGUACAUUUCCCCUACGGAGGAAGAACGUGCCCCACCAAGACCGCCUUUGCCAGGUGGUGAAAUGCCACCCCCAAGACCGCCUCCACCAGAGACGGAUGACGAGGAUGACAUGUUUAUGCAUGCACCUCAGCCUAAUCAGCCAAUCAUGAUGGCCGCUCAUGGUCUGCACCAAGAAGUGCGCCAGUGGUCGAGCAAGGACAAUGAGAUCAUUGCGGCUGCCAAGAAGAUGGCCCUGUUGAUGGGUCGUCUGUCCCAGUUGGUGCGAGGAGAUCACGGCGGCUCUAAGCGUGACCUGAUUGCCUGCGCCAAGGCCAUUGCCGAGGCCAGUGAGGAGGUCACCAGAUUGGCCAAGGAACUUGCCCGAGAAUGUACUGACAAGCGCAUGAGAACAAAUUUGCUUCAAGUUUGUGAGAGAAUACCCACCAUUGGAACACAACUGAAAAUCCUGUCCACCGUCAAAGCUACCAUGCUGGGCGCACAAGAGUUUAUUCCGAGAUUUGAGGAUGGCGAAAUCCGAGGCGACUCAGAGGAAGACCAGGAGGCGACGGACAUGCUGGUGGGCAACGCUCAGAACCUGAUGCAGUCCGUGAAGGAGACGGUGCGCGCGGCCGAGUCGGCUUCGAUCAAGAUCCGCACUGACGCCGGCAUCCGCCUGCGCUGGGUGCGUCGCCAGCCGUGGUACCAGUACUAAAAAUGAUAAAUUCUGCGUGUUCAUUUUAUCUCUUCACUUAUUAAUUUCCUACAGAUAUAUACUUAAAAUAACGUCCGGUCUUGUGCAAUUUUUCAUUAAUCGUUUUCCAUAAUAAUUAUUUUGCUAAUUAUUGUUGUGUAAUUUAUUUUCACUGAGUUUUUUUCCUGAGAGACGAGAUAUACAAAGGAACUGAUACCACCUGAAUUUUAUUCUUUCGUGUAUUAACGGACUUCUUGCAUGUGCAAUCAGAUUGUUAUUGUUGAUUAAUGUGCAAUAUUUAAAAAAGCUGACCACCCAUGAAAUAAUAAUUGGAAUUUUUCAUUUCGCAAAAUCAAAAAAACCUUUUGUUUGUCUUAAAUUUAUUUGUCUCACAAUUUUUAUAACAAAAGAGAGAUAUCGAACACAAUAGAGUUCAAUUUCAAAACUGGAUGAUGCGUAACAGCAGAUGUUUAUUUACAAGAUGUA